UAAUAAUAAGCCCUGUUUGACGCGCACAGCGAUUCUUCAGUACUAAAACUCAGUAGGUGAUCGGUGAUACGUUUUAACUUUUAAACAAUGAAGUGUUUGUUAUAUAUUUAUGUGUGUUUUUUAUUUGGAGAUGUACUUUCAAAUAAUUUCACUUUUACAUAUAACAUGGCGCUACGAUGCAAGGAAUAUCUAUGUCAACAUGGCUACAGUUACAAAAACUAUUUCUUUACGGACGCAUACGAUCGUAAGCAAGUGAAGUCAGAUUCUGGCAUUGUGUUCGAGAUGCACCUCGCGAUAUUGGCAGCCAGUAAUGGACAUAUUUUGCUGUCAUCUGUAGCGGCACCUACUACCGAACCAGUUUAUGAAAUAGUCAUAGGUGGUGGCGCCAAUAAAUUUACGGAACUCCGACGCAAUUUACGAAGAAAUGCAAAGGCAUCAGCCAAGACAGUUGGUGUUCUUUCUCCUGUAGAGUUUCGGGCUUUCUACAUUAAAAUAUCAGAAGAUGGUCUCAUUGAAUUUGGUAAAGAAGGUGAUUCACUUCCCCUCCUAACUUAUAUGGAUAUGGACCCAAUACCAGUAAAAUACUUCAGUUUUGCUGCAUGGAACGGCGUGGAGGCUAAAUUUUUGUAUGACUGUCCUAUACCAGGCGACGCAAGCGAAGUAACUCCAAAUUCCCAGGCAUUAGAUCCAAAACUAUCAAAUUCGGAUAAACUGAAAAGGGUAUUGUUGCUUGAUAGAGAUCCAAUGAUACCUCCAAGCUCUGAAGUGGUAGUAAAUCUUGGUAUUAGGAUCAACAGUGUUUCGUACGACGCAUUUGAGUCGAAGUUAUCAACUGGUCUUUCAAUGGUUAUGACUUGGACUGAUCAAAGUAUGGCGUGGGACCUCGCCAAAUUCAACAAUGUAACAUCCCUAAAAUUUCGUCAAGGACAAAUAUGGAGUCCAUCAUUCCACACGUUCAACUCCGACACAGUAAGUAUGCUAGACGCAAAGAACCCUGAGUUGAUAACAAUGGUGAACACUGGUGAAGCAACUUAUCAUAUGCAGACGACUGUUAGCACCUGGUGCUUUGACUAUACCACCAUUAGGACCAGGUGGCCGCACGAUGAAUACACUUGUGCUAUCGUAUUAGAACCAUGGCAGGCUCACGAGAAAAUUCUUCUGAAACAACUGGACCAGAACAAUGCAGCCAUGAAAGUUUUUAGCGAAUUAGACGAUGUCAUUUUAAAUAUAUGGGAAGUGUCGUCCAGUCAGCAUAUUGUGAGCUCGGCGUCUUGGAAUCGAAUGUACACAUCCGAUGAUAAUACAACACACCGUAGUGAUAGACUUGCAAUCAAAAUGGGUCUUAAGCGACGAGCAACUGCUUAUAAUAUCGUGUUUUAUACACCAUUGUUGGUAUUAGUAACAUUCCUGCUAUUGUCAUUCUGGACGGAGACCCUAUGUUUGACAAGAGUAUGGUUCUAUACGGGCUGCUCUAUUAUUAUUUGUAUGGGACUUUGCUACAUCGACUUUUUAGUGCCAUGCCACACAGUUCCGACUAUAUUGAUUCUAUACACAGCAGUUUUGGGGGGUACCCUCCUGGCAUUGCUAAUACAAGUGGCACUAAUGACGUCACUGGCGGAACGGCUAGCCCGGACCAUUGUUAUGCAAAACGUUUUAACGGCCCAAUGGUUUCGUUCUCUGUUCUGUUUGCCGGCUUUGAAGGAUUGUCGCAUUUACGAAACGAUAAACGAGGAUUUACAACAAGAAGAUGAGGUGCCAACGCCUAGAAAUCUAGAGCAGAUGCAGACUGACAACGUCCAGUACAGCGAAGUAAGGGAGCUGGCUGAAAUAACCGAUAAGACAUUGUUCUUUAUCUACUCUGUGUCACUUAGUGUUAUGUUAAGUUUACAUUUUUAAAUAAAAUGAUUUUUUAUUCUUUACUUCCCUUAUGCGAACCUUAAAUGGCGGUAAAUAAAGUUGUAAAAUAUGUU